UGACCUGGCUGACAAUUCUUUUUACGGCAAUGCUAUAUGCAUGCUCUGGGAAACUGCUGUGUCAACGUUGAGCCUUUCCUUCAGCGAAUGCAGGUGCAUCAUCAGAGUGUCAUCAACCGCAGGUUGAACCCGUUUGAAGUGACUAACUGAACUUGCAGUUGUUUGACAGGAUACACACCAGCGGUGUCAUGAUUCGGCCCAUAGUUCCAUGCGUCGACAGACAACUUUUGUGGAUCAGCUGAGUGGAUCGUCUGUGCAUCCCCCCGUUGGGAAUGGGCUUGACCCUUGGUUCAGUUAUGGUUCAGUCAAACUCUGCGGGAUUGUUUAUGUAAAGCUACCGGCGAGCACACUCACAAAGCAUGGGCUUUUUAUGUACGACUAGGCUCAGCUCUUCAUAAAGGUACUGCUGCCCUGAGACUGGCUGUAUUUUCAACGGUAUUCCAACCACCCAUAUACCUCCGAAUCUUUUGCCAAUAAAACAUGGAAGGGGCAACAGACUUCAUCAGCCCUGAUACAUCUAGGCAUCUUGUCAGGGAGACUAACGAAACGUCCACGCCAACGGAGUUUACCACAUUGGCUGGUUACGGUGAGCCCACUACUGCAGACUAUGAUUACUACGAGGGAGCAUUCAAAUUUAACGACUACACCCAGAGGUGUAUUGUAGGUACCAUAUUCGUUAUCGUCUCAAUUUUGGGAACAUUCGGGAACGGACUGGUUAUUCUGGCGGUUGUCUUGUCCAGAAAGCUUCGGACAGUGACAAACGUAUUUGUGGUGAACCUUGCAGUGGCCGACCUGCUGGUGUGCUUGACCCUGCCUUGGAACGCCGUGGGGCUGUUCACACGGCCCGAGCUCGGCUGGCCCCUGCCGGAGAAACUCUGUGUAGCACUGGCUUUGAUCGUCUACACCUGCGGCGGCUGCAGCCUGUUUACGUUAGCCACGAUAGCCAUCAACCGGUGGAUGCUAAUCACCCGCCCUUCUAGAACCUACCAUACGUGCUACAAGCCAGCCUACCUGGCCAUCAUGGUCGUGAUCGUUUGGCUGGUGCCGCUCCUGGUGGCUUGGCUUCCCCCGACUCUUGGACUUGGGGAGCUUGGCUACACAAAAAAGUACAGCACCUGCACUCAUAAGAACUCUCACGAACUGGCGCCGUACUACAGUCUCCUGCAGUCGGUGGUGUUUUUCCCGGUCCCUCUUCUCAUCAUCAUCGUCUGUUAUGUGAAGAUUUUCAAGCAUGUGAGGCAACACACCAAAGUGCUCAUGGGCAAGCAGGAUCAGUCUGCGGAACUGUCCGAGACCUCCAACAACCGGGAGAACCCCAGCGGGUCCAGCGUCAAGUGCAGCAAGACGGAGUUGUCGCCCAGGCGCUCGCAGAACCUCAGCGUGGCCAAGAGGCGCCUAAGCAGGCGCCAGAUCGAGAUCACCAAGAACCUGUUCUACGUGGUCUGCGCCUUCACCAUCUGCAUCAUGCCUUAUGGGGUGGCUCUGCUCAUACCGCCUAGCGACCCUGUCAUCCCGUGGACCGCGGCACUGUUUCUGGUCAACAGCUGCAUCAAUCCCAUCAUCUACGCCACAAAGCAUCCGUACUUUAAGCAGGUCUUUAAACUGAUGCUAACCUGUAAGUGCGAGGGAAUUCCUGAGCAGUCUGAUUUCCUCCGAUCUGUCAGGUCGACAGUGAGGCGUGAUCAAGGAAAAAGGAGGAACUGACAACGUACAAAAACUAAUUUUUAAAAUUUGAUUUGAUAUCACGUAGCACUUGUGAGUUCCAUAUUCAGAUAUUGGCUAUACUGUGCUCAGGCAACUAUGCUCAGGGGAAUAAGAACAGCUCCCAACCAAUCGUCAUCUAUGGUGUUCUUAUGUUUCAAAAUAGCCCCUGAGACAUGAGGUGAACAUUCAGGUUUCACCCGUGAAUCACAAAGCACUUCAGAAACUCUAGCCGCUCGAGUUUUUUUCCCCAGGCUUUGGCAAAGGGAGAGCUGGAGUACAUGUAUUGGACAAGAUCAGGUUCUGAGUGGGAGCAGAUGCCUUUCAUGUGGGAAGGGGCAACAAUUUUCACAGGAAAGCGGCGAUCAACACCAGCACACUUUCUGUCGAAAGUCCAGAUUAUUCUCAGCUGUACAUAUAUCUACACGUAAAAUCAUACUGUAUGGAGACAUGUUUAGGCCCGCAUUAAAGUUGUAUAUACGUUUCUGGUAUACACUCGUGUCAUAUUUUUACAACUCAGGCAAACUGCCAGGUUAAAUAUUAUAUUCUUGCAUUGACAGUAAACCAAGUAUUUACAUAAUUUGUAACCAUACAUGUAGUUUUACAAUCAUGCUACCAGUAUGAUUUCAUUGUACAAGGACGACGAAAAUAUUAUUUUUUUAAUGAAAAGAUUUCCUUUAUAGUUGUUUGCUUGGUAUUUAGAUCAUGGGUAUGACUGUUAGGUGUCUGUUGCAAUGAGCUGUUGUGUGUUUUCUUGUUAUGUUGUUUUGAGGUUUCCCUGGGGAAAUCAAUAAAAAGCAGCGUCCAGUGCCAGUAUAAA